CUUAAAAGAAAAAUGCUAAAUCUCUGCUUGAAAUUUUUCUUCAAUCCCAAUAAUAAGUGAAAAAUUGUGGAUGAAGGAAGGAUUUAGUGUUCAGAAUUGGAAAGUAUGUUCAGAGCAUUUUGCAUCACCAAAAGAAGAAUUCUUUGAUUCAAGAGUGAGGUACGUGAAGAACUCUGGUGUUUGAAGAGCUGAAAAGGAAAGUGGGAGUGCAGAAAGUCACAGUCCACAAGGCAGAAAUGUUGUGUUGCUUCAGGGAGGGCGAGCAGGGAAUGAAAAGAGACAACUCCCAGUUACAAGUGUAGCUUCAGAACCUUGGGAGAUUUGAAUCUCAACUUGUUUGUAAUGACAUGUAAGGAAAGUUUAACAUAGUUACAGUACAGAACAAUGUUUUUCUGAAAGGUGUAAAUCUCUGCCUUUGUGACAUUGUGGUGGUGGAUGAAGUUGAUUGAGAACUGCUUAGGGUAGAAAGACUUGUUUAUAACCUAAUACAGCUUCUUUAGCUUCCUAAAAGUACACGGACACUCCCGAGGGAUAGGAUUAGGAGUAGGAUUAAGACUCUUGUGUCCCACUUGGUUUGUUAGGAGAGUUUUAUGCAGCUGUAAUUUAAUAAAGAAAUUGGCCUCAAAGCGUGUGCGGUGUUCGGAGUUGCAUAUUCACUAAGUGAUAGGGUAAAGCUCCAGAACUGCUUGUGCCUGCUCUGGCUGUAGACCACUGUGUUCCCUUGUUUCAUUCUUGGCUCAUUGUAAAUUAAAACUGGAUAAUGUUCUGAACAAGAGAUGGGGAAGGGAAACAAAAGAGGAGCAAUGCAAAUCUGUGUUGCCAGUAAACCUCCUGGAAGAUAAUAAGGAGGAUAGCGUGUAUAACAGAGAGUUAUAAGUGCAGAAAUGUUUGUAACAUUUGCUAAUGAGUAAAAUAAGCAUGAAUGCUGGAGGAGGAAGCAGUGCCAGUUACUGGAGUCUUUUCCCUCCCAGUGUUGUGGUGUAAAGUUACACUUUCAGCAUGUUUACACUUUGGCCCCGUUGUUAAAUGAUUCAGUAAUUGUCCUCGUCCACAGGCUGAUUUUUAAAUGUCGUGCAGAGCAAGAAGCAGUGAGGAAUCCUUCAGUCUUUUCUCAUAACUAAGGAAGGCUGGCGGUGUAGGGUGCAGAUGGGGCACCUGUGGCAAGCUCCGCAUCUGCGGCACAACUCCCCAGACGGUGACAAUUAGCGGCAGGAACGCCGGAGGAGGAAUGCAUGUGGAAGUGACCGGCUCUGGGGCACUGAUUGUGUCUGUUGCUGCCUGUGACUUCUGAAAAUGGCAGUUCUGCCUUGAAGAUAUUUUUAUAUUCUACUGAUUGCAGGGAUUUUGUGCUGACAAAAAGCCCAGUGUGAUCCUUUGAGCAGCCCAAGCUGUUUUCAUCUGAGAAGAGAACUAGAGCCAUUGUCUUAUGCUGGUACUGCAAUGCUGAGUUCUAGCUCGACUGCUGUGAAGAAUCUCCCUCUGAAGAGGAGGCUCUGUUUUCUGCUGAAACUUGUGUGCUUUGUCAGCUCAGUGUUAAUAUUUUGUGAAUUUUUAAUUUACUAUGUGGUAAUAUUUCAAUGCCGAUGGCCAAAAGUGGAAGGUGGAGCUCACAUGACUGAAAAAGAUUCAGUCCUAAAGGCCAUAAUUUUAGCUGAUACACACCUACUUGGUGAAAUCAAAGGACAUUGGCUGGAUAAGCUAAGAAGGGAAUGGCAAAUGGAGAGAUCUUUCCAAACUGCCUUAUGGUUACUGCAGCCAGAUAUUGUUUUUAUUCUGGGAGAUGUUUUUGAUGAAGGAAAAUGGAGCUCACCUCAGGCCUGGGCAGAUGAUGUCAGGAGGUUCCGGAAAAUGUUCCAGCAUUCAGUUUUUACGGAGCUGGUGGUCAUCGCUGGGAACCACGACAUCGGAUUCCAUUACGAAAUGACUACUUACAAGGUAAAUCGAUUUGAAAAGGUUUUCAACUUUACUUCAGGAAAGCUGAUAACUCGGAAAGGAAUAAACUUUGUCCUAGUGAACAGUGUGGCCAUGGAGGGCGAUGGCUGUGCUGUCUGCCGUACCUCAGAGGCAAAACUUGUGGCACUUUCUCACAAACUGAAUUGCUCCCAGCAGAAACCAAAUCAUUCCAACAAAAGAUGCAGUGAUGUGGAAAAGCUUCCAGCUUCAGAACCCAUCCUUUUACAGCAUUACCCUCUCUAUCGGAAAAGUGAUGCUGAAUGCACUGGAGAAGAUUCUGCUCCUCCAGAGGAGAAAAACAUCCCCUUUAAAGAAAAGUAUGAUGUACUGUCUCAAGAGGCAUCACAAAAGCUGCUAUGGUGGUUUCAGCCCCGUCUGAUUCUCAGUGGGCACACUCAUAGUGCUUGUGAAGUGCUGCACGCAGGGAAAAUUCCAGAAAUCAGUGUCCCAUCAUUCAGUUGGAGGAAUAGAAACAAUCCUAGUUUCAUCAUGGGCAGCAUAACACCAACUGACUUCUCCCUCCAAAAAUGCUUCCUUCCAUUUGAGAGCAGAGUCUUCACUAUCUACUGUGCAGCAGGUGCUCUGCUUGUGAUCCUGGUACUAGCUCAUGUUCAGCUUCUCACUCCACCGUUUUAUUUUGCUCAGCGUUUAAUCAGUAAGCAUAAAGCAGUAUGAAGAGCCAGACAUCUGCAUUCAGUCACUGAAAUACCAAAGCUGAGAACAGUCAAACAUCAGACUAUAUUCAUGCCAGCAAAUGACCUAAUUUGAUUGCUAGUCUGAAGGCAGGUUGCAUUUACACAUACCAUAGAAGUCCUAUACAGCUGAUAUGACUACUACAGGAUAAAUAAUUAACUGAAAUGAACGUUUCAUGCUGUACAAAAAUACUGUAUUCGACAAUCAAAUGAGUCCUUUUCCUGCUAUAAUUUUUGUAUCAAAUAUGUAUAUUAAAAGUGUAACUGUACAUUAUG